AUGUCUAUCACUUCUACUUUUACACUAUCUAUUCUCAUUAAUAACAUUAAAAAUCUCGCAUAUAAUAUUCUAAAAACCUUCAAGGAUAGUAUUAUUAAGGGAAAAAAAAUUCCAAAUUUAAGUAAUUGUUCGGAAUGUGGAAAAGAAAUUAUUUCAUUUCCUCUUAAGGCAUUUACAACACUAUCUUGUAGACAUGUGUUUCAUAGACUUUGUAUUGAAAAAAAACUUUUACUUACAAUUUCAAAUAUGUGUCCAUUUUCUGGUUGUAGUAAGGAGGUUGAAAUUAUUGAAACAGGACAUAGAAGAGGCUUUGAAUCAAGUACAUCAUCAGUAGUUAGAAGAAUGGAAAAACAUAGUAUCCAAUCUCAAAAUUUACCAGAAAUUAUAGAAGAAGAUAUGUUGGAUGUAGAUGAUAAUGAAGAUGGUGAAAGUAAUCAUCCAACAGACCAAAGCAUUAUCCCUUUAGAAAAAGAAUCCUAUAAAAGACCUAGUAAAGAUACCCCUGAAAAUAAAUUAUUUAGUAAGAAAGUAAAAACUAAAGACAGAAAUGUAUCUAUGUUAAAAAAACUUAUUAGGGAACUGAAAUCGCCAAGUUCUUCAACAAGUAGUACCACUUCUCAGAUUGAAUCUAUCACAAGCCCAAGUAAUUUUUCUGAUUUAUAUAGUGCAAUUGUUAAGACUGAAGAACGAAUUGAAAGUGUGAAUCAAGAAAUUAUUAUAUGCUAUUUUGCUUUUGGAAAAAAGCUUAAGGAAAGAUUAGCCGAGUAUAUGAAAGAUAAUAAAGAGC